CUCUCUGAAGGCAUAACCACUGAACUCUUGCCAUUAGUCUCUGAGCAGAUGUCAGUCGGGAAAGCAGGGCCAGCGCCAGAUCAAGUUGCUGCUGCCAGCUCUCGCGAGCUUUGUCAGUAAGAGUUGACUGAAUGUCAGAGCUGUGCAAUUCACAGGCGGAGCGGCGGCUGCAUCCCCCCCUUUCCCCGAAGUGUUACAUGGUUGCCACUUUGCAAACUCGUCAGCAUCCUUUUCUGCACAGAUUCCGAAAUCAGCAUGCAGUUCCGGGGCACCACCGUCACAGAGACCCACUUCCUCCCGUACAUUUUUCUUCUCUGCCUGUUUUUUGGGAAGUCACCCGCUGAAGAAGACUUCAUAGUCACAACCAAGGCUGGUAGAGUCCGGGGACUGAGCCUACCUGUUCUCGGUGGCACAGUGACUGCCUUUCUAGGGAUUCCCUACGCACAGCCUCCUCUUGGUAGGCUAAGAUUCAAAAAGCCACAACCCUUAAACAAGUGGUCUGGCAUCCAGAAUGCCACCAAAUAUGCGAAUUCCUGUUAUCAGAACAUAGAUCAAGCCUUCCCCGGUUUCCAGGGGUCGGAAAUGUGGAACCCGAACACGAACCUCAGCGAAGACUGCUUGUAUCUGAAUGUUUGGAUUCCAGCACCUAAACCGAAAAAUGCUACCGUCAUGGUAUGGAUUUACGGUGGUGGCUUUCAAACUGGGACAUCCUCUCUACCUGUUUAUGAUGGGAAAUUUCUAGCUCGGGUUGAAGGUGUUAUUGUAGUUUCAAUGAACUAUAGGGUAGGUGCCCUAGGAUUUCUAGCUUUACCAGGAAAUUCUGAGGCUCCGGGAAACAUGGGUUUGUUUGAUCAACAGUUGGCACUUCACUGGGUCCAAAGAAACAUAGCUGCCUUCGGAGGGAAUCCUAAAAGUGUAACGCUUUUUGGAGAAAGUGCAGGAGCAGCCUCUGUGAACUUUCAUUUGCUUUGUCCCCAAAGUUACCCCUUGUUUACCAGAGCCAUUCUGGAAAGUGGCUCCUCUAAUGCCCCCUGGGCAGUAAUGUCUCCGGAGGAAGCCAGAAACCGAACUUGGACCUUAGCUAAAUUUACUGGCUGCUCAAAGGAGAAUGAGACGGAGAUGAUUAAAUGCCUUCAAAAUAAAGACCCUCAGGAAAUUCUUCUGCAUGAAAGGUUCAUUCUCCCCACUGAUUCCCUCUUAUCGGUUUAUUUUGGUCCAACGGUGGAUGGCGAUUUUCUCACUGAUAUACCCCACACACUGCUCCAACUCGGACAAGUGAAAAAAACUCAGAUCUUAGUGGGCGUUAACAAAGAUGAAGGGUCAUCUUUUCUAGUGUAUGGGGCUCCUGGCUUCAGCAAAGACAAUGACAGUCUCAUCACUCGGAGGGAACUUCAAGAAGGUUUAGAUAUGUAUUUCCCUGGCGUGAGCAGCUUGGGAAAGGAAGCAAUUCUUUUUUACUAUGUGGAUUGGUUAGGUGACCAGACACCGGAAGUUUACCGGGAGGCUUUGGACGAUGUUGUUGGGGAUUACAAUCUCAUCUGCCCUGCACUGGAGCUUACCAAGACAUUUUCAGACCUUAAAAAUGAUGCUUUUUUCUACUAUUUCGAACACCUGUCUUCCAAACUUCCUUGGCCUGAAUGGAUGGGUGUGAUGCACGGCUCUGAAAUCGAAUUUGUCUUUGGUUUACCUCUGGAAAGCGGAGCGAAUUAUACGAGAGCUGAGGAAAAUUUGAGUCGAUCCAUAAUGAAAUUUUGGGCAAAUUUUGCAAAAUACGGACAUCCCAAUGGGAUCCAGAAUGAUAGUACAAUGUGGCCUGUCUUCACAAGUACUGAACAAAAAUACCUAACUUUGAACACAGAGAAACCAAGAAUAAACUCUAAGCUCCGUGCUCCACAAUGCCGAUUUUGGAAACAAUUUUUUCCUAAAGUCUUGGAAAUGACAGGAAAUAUUGAUGAAACAGAGCAAGAGUGGAAAGCAGGAUUCCAUCGCUGGAGCAAUUACAUGAUGGACUGGAAGAAUCAAUUUAACGAUUACACUAGCAAGAAAGAGAGUUGUAUGGGUCUCUAAUUAAUAGAUUUACCCUUUAUAGAAUGUUCAUUUUCCUGUAGAUGAGAGCAAAAAUACCAGCAGCUCUCUCCACACAUACCAAGAAUGCUAUUAGACAGCAGCGAAAUGCCAGAGGAGAGUAUUGAUUCCUCGCGUCUUUCACUUAGUAUUUUACUAACCUUUCAGAACCGAGUCACCAUAAGUUGAUUUAUUAAUUUAUAGAAUACAAACUUUGUGUAUUAAUACCACGUGCUCCUCUGAUCUUGUUUUCCUGGAUAACCUUAUGGGUUUGCCUACAAGGAGCACACUCUUUUUAUUAACUCCUCCAUUUUCCGAACCACGUAGAAAAAAGUAUCUUGAAAAACUGAGUCAGAUUUCGAAACACUAGAUGUUAUAGCUUAUGUUAGUGCUUCCUAUAAUUUAUUUAUAAACUUAGUGUUAAUAUGGAAUAGUAAAAUAACAAAAAAAUGGCUAGUAAUAUAUACAGGAGCAAGAGAGAAUAGAAAAAUAAAAACCAUAGUAUCUGGGAAAGGUGAUAGUGAAAUAAAACAUGACAAGCACCAACUCAAGGAAUUUCAUGUACCAUUGAAAAAUUAAACCAACUUGCUGUCCUGCAUCAGGAAACACGUUUCAGGCAUCAGUUCCUGAAAAUGACUUGGCAUAUGAAGCAGGUCCCAUACAAGAAGUCCACAGCGAAAGAAUACAUUGUUUAAAAGCGAACCCUUUUCCUCCAUGCUGUGCUUUGGGGCGGACCCCGAAAUCGGUUUAUACGAACUCUUGGAUAUUGCGCCUUUAACAGAUUCACAGAUGAAACAAAUGUUCGAGUUAAAUUACUCAUGAAUUGAAUGUAUGUGAAUCUAGACUCGACAUCAGUCAGUCCUCUCUUGGUUAAUAAUGAGGAACUGUUACUAUAAAGUUAAAGUCAUAUAGCUGUCACCUAACUUAGGUCAUCUUUUGAUUCAUUUCUCAAAACAUGACAAAUAAACAUGUCUUAGAUUAUAAAAGAAUAAGUGUGGCUAAUCCAGGCAGUUUAGACCUUUAUUUUGAUCAAUUAUUUAUAUGCUGAAAAAUGAUUUUAGUGGAUUAAGGUUCAAAUUUUGAUUUAUGAGAACUAAAGCAACAAGACUCAUCUUUUUAAAAAGUUCCCUUCUUAUAAUAUCUAAUUUUUGAAAAAUAAUAUGCUGAACAUUAUAAUGAUGAGAUAAUUUCAAAAGUAAAGUAAGAAGCCGGGCGAUGGUGGCGCACGCCUUUAAUCCCAGCACUCGGGAGGCAGAGGCAGGUGGAUCUCUGUGAGUUCGAGACCAGCCUGGUCUACAGAGCUAGUUCCAGGACAGGCUCCAAAGCCACAGAGAAACCCUGUCUCGAAAACCAAAAAAAAAAAAAAAAAAAAAAAAAAAAAAGUAAA